AUGGGCACUCCGGCCAGUUCGGGGACCCAGGGAGCUCUAGACUCAGACCCCGGUAAUGAGGGCUUGGAAUGCACACCUUCUGGCAAACGCCACCGACUCGGAAGGGUGAGAGAGAGAGCGAGGGGUUCCCAGAGUGUGGGAAGCUUUGAACCGGCCGGGCCCGCUGCUGCGCCCGCCAGCAGGGGGGGCCCCUGCGGCUCGGGGAGACCCCGGGGGACUCCGGCUUCUCUCUGCGCCCGGCCCGCGGCACCCGACAGGGUGGUCUCCGGCAGCGCCUCCGCUGGGGCCGGGACCCAGCCAGGCUGCCGAGGGAGUGGCGAGGUCAGGUCCCCAGGCGAGGGCGGCAUGGGUAGGAGACAGUGUCCACCGAGGCUCCCGCAGCCCACACGGUCUCACGAUCCACCCGGUCCCGCACCCCGGGCCCCCGAGGGUCAGUCCCGAGCGGCGCUCGCUUUGGACGUGAGCCUGAGAAGCCCGGUCCUUCUCCGUGGCGGGGGGACAGAGUCCCCGGAGUCGCGUGCGGACGGAGAGGGCAGCGCCGCCCCCCCCACCCCGAUCCCGGCCGACCAUCCGACGGCGGAGGGAAGAGGGGGUGGGGAGGUCACGUCGCCAGGACUGCAAAGGUCCCCCCAGAGCCGGUCCAGCUCACCCCACCCCGGGGUGGCCGCAGCCGCGCGUGUCGCCGCUGCCCGACCCGCACACGCACCCGCGCGCGCGGCGCACACGCUCCCGCCGCGCCGAUCGCCGGGCCUCCGGGAGGGGCCGCGAGCCGGGCCCGGGGAGGAGGCGCGGGGUGGGCGGCAGGAACGCCGGGGUCCCGGCCCGCGCCGAGGCUGCUCCGGGCUCGGGGACCGCGACUCCGGGGCCGGGAGAUGGCCCGGGCUGGGGCUCCGCGCCGGGGAAAGUUUGGACGUGGCAAAGUCCCCGCCGCCCCGCCGGGGAGGGGGCGCGGGCCGGGCGCGCUCGGGCCGCUGCCCCAGAGCCCGCGCCGCGCCCGCCUCUCCCCGGCCCGGGCGCCCUCCCGGGCCGCAGCCUCCCCCGGCGGCGCUCGGCUGGCCUCCCGCGGGCGCCGCGCGCUCUUACCUCGGGGAGCGGCCGGGCUGCGCCCCGGUGCCCGCGCCUCGGGAAGCCGGCGAGCGGGCGGGAUCCCGGCCGGCCGGAGAGCCCCCGGGGGAGUGCUCCUCCUCCUCCUCCCAGCCCCGAUCCGCGCGAAGGGAGCGCCCUCAGGAGGGGAACAGGAUCCCUCCCUGCCUGGCAGCUCGGCUGCCCCGAGGCACCCGUGGCCGACUAGACCCUGUCCCCACUACUCCCCUGGCCAGACUUCGCCGCAUCUAG